AUGUCUUCAUCUAGGUCAAUUGUUGACCAGUAUCCACUUUCUUAUGUACCGUAUGAGGAUUUCUAUCGAAAACUCCAUGCGAAUCCGGAGCUGUCAUGGAGAGAGUACGAGACAGCCAAAGCAGUUGUGCAGAAACUACGAGAAAUAUCAUCCAACUUGGAUAUCAAGGAAGGAAUUGCCGGUACGGGUGUUAUCGCUGUCCUUCGCAACGGUCCAGGAAAGACAGUGAUGCUCAGGGCUGACAUGGAUGCUUUACCACUGAAAGAACAAACUGGACUGCCAUAUGCAAGCCAUAAAGAGAUGGAGGAUGUACACGGGAAUACUCAGCCUGUCAUGCAUGCGUGUGGCCAUGACAUGCAUGUCACUUCACUCUUGGCAGCCGCAGCAAUCCUUUUCUCCAGCCGCGAACGAUGGGGCGGGACGCUAGUCUUUCUAUUUCAGCCUGCUGAGGAGGGAACUAGUGGUGCUCAGGGCAUGGUUGCAGAUGGACUAUAUGAAAAACAUGGGUGUCCAAUUCCAGACAUUGUGCUGGGCCAACAUGUAUCAUUCCGGAGAACUACGCACGUGUUUACAAAGCCUGGAUUGCUCAUGGCUGGGGUUGAAAGGAUGACGAUCAAGAUAUUUGGGAAAGGUGGCCAUGGAAGUAUGCCUCACAUGGCAGUGGAUCCCGUGGUAAUGGCAGCUCAUAUAGUGGUCCGUUUACAAACGAUCAUCAGCCGCGAGGUCGAGCCAGGCGAAUUAGGAGUCAUUACCGUCGGCUCCAUUCAUGCGGGGACGGCGCCUAAUGUCAUUCCAGCCCAUGCCGAGCUUCAUCUCAGUAUUCGAUUCACCAGCACCGAGCAGCGGAAUAUCAUUGUCGAGGGGAUUCAACGUGUUGUCAAGGCGGAAUGCCUUGCUUCCAAAUCGCCACAAGAGCCCAUCUUUGAUAUCUCUGAGUCAACAAACCCGAUGGUAAAUGAUAUACUAGCCACUGAAGCAGUGUCCAACAGCUUCAAAGCACAUUUCGGUGCGGACCACUUUCCCAUGGCAAAGGUGGUUCCGGCUGCUGAAGACUUCAGCUACCUGGCCACAUCGAUUGGAAAGCCUUAUUGUUUCUGGUUCCUUGGGGGUCACGAUGGGGAGGAUUACGAUAGGCGCAAAAAGGAAGGCACGUUGGACUCUGUACCAUCCAUUCACAGUCCGUUCUUUGCCCCGGUGGUGCAACCCACGUUGACAACUGGCGCUGAGGCACUUGUAACUGCAGCAUUGACCUUCUUAUCCAAUGACAAGUCAAACAAAUGA